AUGGCGUCCUCUACACAGGUCCAGUCCUUCCGUGCCAUGAUCGGCGUCCCGCCGUCAACAGCGACUGUGAAGGACAGCACGUUGAUUAUCAUUGAUGCGCAGAACGAGUACGCAGACGGCCUCUGCAAAACCGUGAACGUCAAGAACACGCGCGCUGGCAUCGCAAAUCUGCUCGAGAAGUACCGCUCUUCGCCGCACAAGGGCGCAAAUAUCGUUCAUGUCCUCCAGCAGACGCCAGAGGGUGCACCAGUCUUUACUCCCAACACGCCGCUGGCGGAGGAGUUUGCAGAGUUGAAGCCCAAGGAUGGGGAGCAUGUCAUUUACAAAAACCACCCAUCCUCCUUCGCCUCCACCGACUUAGACGAAUACCUUAGCAAACUCCCCGAAAGUGUCGGCAAGAAGGUCGUUCUCACAGGCUAUCAGGCGCACUUAUGCGUGAGCACCACCGCACGAGCGGCCGCGGAACGCGGUCUCGAUGUGAUUCUUGUGGAAGAUGCAAUUGGCGAUCGUGAUGUUCCUGGUGUUGGGGGCGAGGAGCUGAAGACAGUCGCGCUCAAGGAACUGGCUGAUGCCUUUGGGACUGUCGUGAAAGGGACAGAGGUCAACUGA